AUGCCAAACGAUGACCUCCCCAUCGCCUUACGGCGCACGCGGCGAGGCAUGAUUGCAUCCGCUGCAGCGCCCUCGCAACCGCCAGCACCACCAACCGCACCAUCACAAACACCACGCAAGGCCGCAAAACAACGAGUCCGCUUCUCCGACCCGGGCCCGUCGGCCACCACCCCGCGCACAAUCCGCACCGCCUCAACCGGUCUCACGCCCAUGAUCAACCGCACCUCUCUAUCCCGCGACGGCACCACCACCACCACCCCGUCCUCCUCGUCCCGCCGUCGUCACGCCAUGCCACCCCGCCGCAACGGCGCGGCCGCCGCAACAGCAACAGGGACAGACCUCCUCCCGCCCAGCGGCGAAGUCCACUUCCUCCCCCUCCGCCAGGUCCUCUCGGGCCGCGUCCAGCGACGCCUCCGCCGCAACGGCCUCAGCGAGGAAAUGAACGCCAUCACGGCCGAAAAGCGCGCCCGCGCCAAGCAGGCCAAGGCCGAGGUCGAGCAGCUGCGCGACCAGCUCCGCCAAAAGGACGCCGAGAUUUACGAGCUGCAAAACGCCACCAUCAUCCUCGACACCGAGCGCAUCUGGGCUCUCGAGAAGGAGGUCGACACGCUCAGGAGCCAGCUCGCGGAACGGUCGUCGUCGUCGUCGUCGGUCGUCGUCGCCGCCAGGCAGAGGAGCUGCGUCGACUGGACGCUCGCGGCGCGCGACCCGUUUGCCGACGAUUUCAUGGAGACGGACACCGUCGAGGCCGAGUCGUUGUGCGGGGAGCGCGUGCAGUUUGCCGACGAGACGGUGUUUGGGGACGCGACGAUGGCGGAGAUGGAGUGUAGCACGCCCACGCGGGUGCGGUCUUCGUUCCUGACGCCGCCGCUGACGAGUCCCGUCGCCGCGGGACCCUCGACACCUUUGUCGCAUAGGGGGAAGCAGAGGGUUGCGGUCCCGGCGCCAGCCGAUGCCGGCGUGCAGGCUUGCUUACCCGAUCCCGAACAGGAGCGUCUCGAGGAGGAGCUGGCAUCCCUGCGUCGGGAGAUGUCGAAGCUCACCGGCACACUGGAGUCCUACUCUGCCCUGACCGACCGCUUAUCGCAGAAGCUCUCGUCCGUCUCGCGAGAAGAAACGUCACCACUAGCAGCAGCAGCAGCAGAUCCCCUCACCACCAUCGAGUCCCAAAUCACCGCCCUACUACGCACCAUCGCAGACCGCACCGCCGCACUCCAGCAUCUCAACACCAGCCUCUCCGCCCUAGGCUUCCCCGGUGGCUCCGACGGCGCCGAGGUCGUCGCCUCCCUCUCCUCCGCCCUGCGCACAGCCCGCCUGGAGCUGGAGUACCUCACCCCCGGCGAAAUUACCCUGCCCCUCUCCUCCCGCGGCGCAGAGGUCCUCGACCUCCUCCUCACGCGCCUGCGCGCCCUCGCGAAGCGCGCCAAGGAAGACGAGGCGUCCAUCGACGAGUACCACGCGCUCGAGCUCUCUCUCCGCCAGCAGCUCGGCGCGCGCGUGGCCGCCAUGGGCGAGCUAGACGCGGAGCUGACGCGCGCGAGGGCGACGCUCACGGAGAAGGAGGGCCGGGUCGCGGAGCUCGAGGUCAGCGUUGCGAGGCUCAAGGGCGCCGUGGCGGGCUACGUGCGGGAUAUUGGCGAGCUGGAGGGCGUCGUGGGGCGGAUGGAGAGCGAGAACCGCGAUGCCAUGGCGACCAAGGAUGCGCAGGUUGAGGUGGGGCGGCGGGUGCUGCGGGCCAAGGAGGAUGGGAUUGCGAAGCUGGAGAUGAAGCUUGCGGAUGCGGUGGCGCAGGGCCGGUCGCUGCGGGCGAGGCUUGCGGAGGCCGAGGAGGCGCGGACGAGGGAGGUUGCGGAGGUGACGAGGCGGGGCGGCGCGGCGCUGGCGGUGCGGGAUGCGAGGGUUCGGGAGCUGCGGGAGGAGUUGGAGAGGGUGAAUGCUGGUUUGAGGGCUGCGCAUGAGGGGAUUAAAGAUUUGAGGGUUGAGAAGAGGGGGUUGGAGGGGGAGAUGGUGCGGGAGAGGGAGGCGGCCAAGGGGGUGAUUGAGGGGAUGAGGGGGGAGCUGGAGAGGGUUGUUGGGAUGAGUCGGGAGUUUUUGGGGUCCGGGGCGGAGGCGGAGGAGGAAGUGGAGCAGGAGGCCGGGCCGGAGGGUGGGGUCGCCGGGUCGGAGACGGGUACGAAGAGGGGCCUGCUUGCGGGGGAUCUGGCGAGGAGGUCGUCGGGAAGCAAGAGGCGGAGGUAUGAUAGCGGGUUGGGGUUCUUAGAGGAGGACGAGGUUGACGCAUGA